UAUCGUGAAGAGCAGCAGCAUCAUUAGAAGCAGCAGCAGCAGCAGCAAAUAGCAAAACAUUAGCACAUCCCAAAUCCAACCCAAAUACCAGCCACAAAAUGAUGAUGGAGAACGGUCUCUCCAUGGAGUAUGGCGAUGGCUAUAUGGAACAGGAAGAGGAAUGGGAGCGUGAGGGAUUGCUCGAUCCUGCGUGGGAGAAGCAACAGAAGAAGACAUUUACCGCAUGGUGUAACAGUCAUUUACGUAAAGCUGGCACCGCCAUCGAUAACAUCGAAGAGGACUUCCGCAAUGGCCUCAAACUGAUGCUGCUGCUGGAGGUGAUCUCUGGCGAGACACUACCCAAGCCCGAUCGCGGCAAGAUGCGUUUCCAUAAAAUUGCCAAUGUUAACAAGGCAUUGGACUUUAUUGCCUCCAAGGGUGUGCAUCUGGUAUCGAUUGGUGCCGAGGAAAUUGUCGAUGGCAAUCUAAAGAUGACGCUGGGUAUGAUCUGGACCAUUAUCUUGCGUUUCGCCAUACAGGAUAUCUCUGUGGAGGAGAUGACUGCCAAGGAGGGUCUAUUGCUGUGGUGUCAGCGCAAGACAGCUCCCUACAAGAAUGUCAAUGUACAGAACUUCCAUCUGUCCUUCAAGGAUGGUUUGGCCUUCUGUGCUCUUAUCCAUCGCCAUCGUCCAGAUUUGAUUGAUUAUGCCAAGCUUUCCAAAGACAAUCCAUUGGAGAAUCUGAACACUGCCUUUGAUGUUGCUGAGAAAUACCUUGAUAUUCCAAGGAUGUUGGAUCCAGAUGAUUUAAUCAACACUCCGAAACCGGAUGAACGUGCCAUCAUGACGUACGUCUCCUGCUACUAUCAUGCCUUCCAGGGAGCCCAACAGGUUGGAAAUGUGACGCAUGUACCCGAACCCACAAGACAAUACACCUACGUCCCGAAUAAUUACAAUGCGGAAACGGCAGCCAACCGCAUCUGCAAGGUGCUCAAGGUCAACCAGGAGAAUGAACGUCUCAUGGAGGAGUAUGAACGUUUGGCCAGUGAUUUGCUGGAAUGGAUUCGCCGCACCAUGCCGUGGUUGAACUCCCGCCAGGCCGAUAACUCGCUCGCCGGUGUGCAAAAGAAACUCGAGGAGUACCGCACCUACCGUCGCAAGCACAAGCCACCACGUGUUGAGCAGAAAGCAAAACUCGAAACUAAUUUCAACACCCUGCAGACCAAGCUGCGUCUGUCCAACCGUCCAGCCUACUUGCCCACCGAAGGCAAGACUGUCUCCGACAUCUCGAAUUCAUGGAAGGGUCUCGAAUUGGCCGAGAAGGCUUUCGAGGAGUGGCUAUUGGCCGAGACAAUGCGCCUGGAGCGUCUGGAGCAUUUGGCCCAGAAGUUCAAGCACAAGGCUGAUGCCCACGAGGACUGGACACGCGGCAAGGAGGAGAUGCUGCAGUCUCAGGACUUCCGUCAAUGCAAGCUCAACGAGCUGAAGGCAUUGAAAAAGAAGCACGAAGCCUUUGAGUCUGAUCUGGCUGCCCAUCAGGAUCGCGUCGAACAGAUUGCCGCCAUUGCCCAGGAGCUCAACACCCUGGAAUACCAUGACUGUGUCUCGGUAAAUGCUCGUUGCCAGCGCAUCUGCGAUCAAUGGGAUCGCUUGGGUGCCCUCACGCAGCGCCGUCGCACCGCCUUGGAUGAGGCCGAGCGCAUUCUGGAGAAGAUCGACAUCUUGCAUUUGGAGUUCGCCAAGCGGGCGGCUCCAUUCAACAACUGGCUUGAUGGCACACGCGAGGAUCUGGUUGACAUGUUCAUUGUCCACACCAUGGAGGAAAUCCAGGGCCUGAUCCAAGCCCAUGACCAGUUCAAGGCAACACUCGGCGAGGCCGACAAGGAGUUCAACCUAAUUGUGAAUCUAGUGCGCGAAGUGGAGUCGAUUGUGAAGCAGCACCAGAUUCCCGGCGGCCUGGAGAACCCCUACACCACUUUGACCGCCAACGACAUGACACGAAAGUGGACUGAUGUGCGUCAGCUGGUGCCCCAGCGCGAUCAGACACUGGCCAACGAGCUGCGCAAGCAGCAAAAUAACGAAAUGCUGCGCCGCCAGUUUGCCGAGAAGGCCAACGUGGUGGGCCCCUGGAUUGAACGCCAGAUGGAUGCGGUUACAGCGAUAGGCAUGGGAUUGCAGGGAUCACUGGAGGAUCAAUUGCACCGCCUCAAGGAAUACGAGCAGGCCGUCUAUGCGUAUAAGCCCAACAUUGAGGAGCUGGAGAAGAUUCAUCAAGCCGUCCAAGAGUCGAUGAUCUUUGAGAAUCGUUAUACCAACUAUACCAUGGAGACGCUACGCGUUGGCUGGGAACAGUUGCUCACAUCAAUCAAUCGUAACAUCAACGAGGUGGAGAACCAGAUUUUGACACGCGACUCCAAGGGCAUUAGCCAGGAACAGUUGAACGAGUUCCGCUCUAGUUUCAAUCACUUCGACAAGAAUCGCACUGGUCGCCUCACGCCCGAGGAGUUCAAGUCCUGCCUCGUCUCGCUGGGCUAUUCGAUCGGCAAGGACCGCCAGGGCGACAUGGACUUCCAGCGCAUCUUGGCUGUUGUCGAUCCCAACAACACAGGUUACGUGCACUUUGACGCCUUCCUCGACUUCAUGACCCGCGAGAGCACCGACACGGAUACUGCCGAACAAGUCAUCGAUUCAUUCAGAAUUCUGGCAGCCGACAAGCCAUACAUUUUGCCCGACGAACUGCGCCGCGAAUUGCCACCAGAUCAGGCUGAAUACUGCAUCCAGCGCAUGCCCCCAUACAAGGGACCCAAUGGUGUGCCCGGUGCCCUGGACUACAUGUCCUUUAGCACAGCUCUCUAUGGCGAAACCGAUUUGUAAGCCCGCCCCGAGCCCGAGCCCCCAAGCACCAGCCCCAUUCAAGCCCCUAGCCCGAGGAUGUGGAUGAGGAUGAGCCCAAGGCCGAGCACCGAUCCCCCCCAACUCAGCUCAGCAGCCGCAGUAGCCAGAUCAUAAAUUAUAAAAUGAUAAACUUUAAUAAUAAUAAUAUUUAAUAAACAUAGUUUUAUUAUUACCUACA